AUGUCACAAGGUCUCCCAAGCCCUUCAAUGUCACGAUACUAUUCUAUCUUUUCUUCUCUCAUUCUUUUUUAUUCAUUUUCUUCCAUUCUUGUCUCUUUUAUUUUCUUUUUACGUCUUUUCUACUUUCUUCUUCUUCUUCUUCUUCUUCUUCUUUUUCUUCUCCUUCUUCUUCUUCUUCUUCUCUUUCUUCUUCUUCUUCUUUUUAUUCUUCAUAUUAUUAUUAUUGAUACGAAUCUCCUUCCUUCGUUUCUUUAUCUUGUUCUUCUUUCUUUUCUUCCCACAUUUCUUCUUAUUGUCUCUCUUUUUCUCUCCCUUUUCUUCUCUCAUUUCUUCUUCUUCUUUUAUAUCUUAUUAUUAUUCCUUUUUUUUCAUUUGUUUUUAAAUUUAUACUUCAUCACAUUUUCUUUCUUUGACUGUGUCUGUCACGUCUUCCUUUAUUCUCUUCUAUUUUUUUUUUUUUUUUCAUUCUUUCAAAUUCUUUCAUUUUUUUCUUUCUUUUAUUCUUCGUUCUAUUUCUUUCAUUUUUUUUUCCUACUUUCUGCUAUUCUAUACUGCUUCUUCAAGAAACCACAUCUAUCUUUCUCACUCUUUUUCUUUCUUUCUCUCUUCCUCACUCUCUCUGUCUUUCUUUCUCACUCUGUCUUUUUCUUUCUAACUCUCUCUUUUUCUUUCUCUUUCUUUUUCUUUCUCUCUCUCUCUUUUUCUUUGUUUCUUUCUCUUUGUCUCUCUUCUACGUCUCUCUCUCCCUCUCUCCCUCUCUCAUUCACUGCCAUUUUAUCCAUAAUCCUACCCACCUCUCUCUCUCUCUCUCUCUCUUACUGUACUACGUCUCUCUCUCCUCUCUCCCUCUCAUUCACUGCCAUUUUAUCCAUAAUCCUACCCACCUCUCUCUCUCUCUCUCUCUCUUACUGUACUACGUCUCUCUCUCCCUCUCUCAUUCACUGUCAUUUUAUCCAUAAUCCUACCCACCUCUCUCUCUCUCUUUCAAUAGUCACUCUAAGUACUCUCUCGCCAUGUCUUUUUAAUGUUUCUAUAAGCUACGUCUCUCUCUUCCUCUCUCCCUCCCUCAUUCACUGUCUUUUUAUCCAUAAUCAUACCCACCUCUCUCUCUCUCUCUCUCUCUCUUUCGGUACUCUCUCACCUUAUACACUACCGUGUCAUCCUUCUCGUCACCUCUCCCCAAAUACAUGUAUGCUCUCCCUCGCGCGCACGCGCACAUUCACACUCAUUUUUCUUUCCUCUCAAACCUUUUUCGUUCUUUUCUUUGCUAUAUUUUCAAUCCCCUUUCUUCUCUCUAUUUACAAUUAUAUAAAUCAACUCUGUAAAUCUCUCUUACACAAAUCCCCCACUCUCUCUUUCUCACGUGUUCUUUCUUUCUUUCUUUCUUUCUUUCUUUCUUUCUUUCUUCCAACAGUUCCGUCUUUCUUGAAAAGAAAAAAUGAUAAAAUGAAAAUCACAGUUACUACUGCUAUUUUCUCUAUUUAUCUUCUAAUCUAG